GCCACCGACAUGGAGACGACGGCACUGCGGGAAUAACUCGAGACUGCGGCCGAGUCCUGAGACGCAUUCAGCGCUGGGGAAGCAGGACGCGAUGGGACGACUCGGUUUAAGCACCACGGAGAGCGCCCGGCUUCUGCUGCUCGGUGUGCUGGCGCUGUCCGUGGUGCUGGCGGAGCAGGAGGGGGAGAACCUGUCCGGCCUCUCCACCAACCCGGACAAAGCCAUCUUCGCGGUGCGGGAGAACGGCACCACAUGCCUGAUGGUGGAGUUCGCCGUGAGAUUCCUCGUGCCGUAUGACGUGCUCGCGCUCAACGGGAUCGACCUGAUCACCGAGCACGCGGCGUUCACUCUGCCCCAGAGCGCAGAGAUCGAGGGUCAAUGCGGGAGCACCGAGUCGGACAUCCACAUCACCUGGAACAACAACGCCUACACGCUCCGCAUCUACUUCUCCAAGGAGUUCCGUGACAAGGGCAUCGAGGUGUGGAAGAUUAGCAAGAUCCAGUUCCUCUAUGACACCUCGGAGACGUCGCACUUCAUCAACGCGUACAACCCUGGGAAGCACACGGCCAACACCCACCGCCUGUCGGCGCUGGUGACGCCGGCCGGCCGCUCCUACGUGUGUCUGGCGCAGCAGACGCUCACCCUGCUGUCCACCGACCACCAGAAGGGCGUCACGGUGGUCAUGUACGACACCCAGAUGCAGCCCUUUGACAUCACCUCGGACUUCACGUUCAGCGAACCCUACAAAUGCAUCACGGACCAGCGGGAGCACCUGGAGGAGACGCUCCCCAUCAUCCUGGGCUUCAUCUUGGCCCUCAUCGUCAUCAUCACGAUCAUCGUCUACCACUUCCACCUGAAGCUCACGGCCAUCCCGCCGCAGCUGCCCAGAGACCGCUCCAUGUACAAGAACAUGUAGGGAUGCAUUCUUCCAAAAGCUCAUUUAAAAAGAAAUAAAUGUAGAUAAAAGACUCGUCUCCUCGACGUCCCAACGCCACAGAGGGGACAGAACCACGUGGUGCAGCCGACGGCCGACUGGAACUUUUGAAUAUCUAGUGUAAAAAGAAAAAAGAAAGGGGGAGGGGCUUGGGGCCGAGCAUGGAUGUAUAGUUGCCGGGUAAACUCACCAAAAAAACUAAAUUUUCCCGGCUGCUGAAUUGAAUCUUAAAUGCCGUAAAAUUCAUAGUCUGUAUUACAGUAGUUAGAAUUUUAAUAAAAAUGAAGGAAAAAAAAGAAAUUUAUGCUUUUAUGAAAAUAUAAUACGAUUUUUAAUUCAGAGGUUACAGAUUUUAUUUACCUUUAUUAUUUGUGUUGUUCCUCCAUAUCACUGGGAUCUUAUCACCUUUGAGCUACUUCGAUCCAGCUCGUCUUUGAAACAAAUGUCAGAGCUUCUGCCGUCGUUCGUCAACCGUUUGUCGUCUCCUCCUCUCUGAGAGUGCUGCUAAAUGAUUUUAAUACCUAUUGUUGGUUCUGUAAUGGCUAAUCUUGAUAUGCAUAUAUUUUUGUUGUUGUUCAAGAAUCCCUUUCAUUUAGAUUUUGUUUAAAUGCAGCCGUAGUGUUUCACAGUGGACCAGUCUUGUAGUGUGUGCAGUGCAGUGGCAUUCAGAGUUGCGAUGUUUUUUGCUUUCGACUUUCGACAAAUCUUUUCUCUCCACACAAUGUAUGGGACAUAACAACAACAACAACAACUAAGAAAGAAAUACAUAAACAUCUGAGAAAAAUUCUGUUGUAAAAAAAAAGUGAAGAAUUUUAUCAGAACGCCAUAUGAAAAAGUGUUUAUGAAAAAGAGGUUAUCGAGUAAAAAAAUGUUUGAAACAAAUAUGUGUAAAAUAUUUUCAGAAUCAAAGUCUAUGCAUAAAUCUCUGCUGAUGCAAUUUUGUGCAGUAUUCUUCUGUUCAUUGAAAUAAAUUGCUGGAAUCACCUCGA